AUGGGAUAUUAUCUCACCUCUCUUCUCGUACUUGCGAGCGCUGUAUCAGCAGUUGUCGUUCCAGCCAACUCUUCUAUUGUAGCAGCAGACCCAGUAGCAGGGAUACCCGUUGCUAUAACUCCCCAUCCAUUCUUUAGCAGCUCAAUCGGAGUUCUUGGCUGUAUGAUUAACACUAACCGUGUUGCAUACUGGCCUACAUGGCCUGAUUGCGGUGCUAGUAUAUGCGUGCAGGUAUCUUACGGCGGACGGUCCGUCAACUUGCUUCAUAUCGACCAUUCGGGUGGAGCACAUGAUAUAUCUUAUGAUGCGUGGAAUUACCUUUACACAGGACAGUCUGCUACAGUAAAUCCGGAACAAGGAGGCAGUAUAUCCGCUACAUAUGUCACGCAGCCCAUGUCGGCUUGCUCGGAUCUGAUUUUGUCUCCAGAUCAGAAAUUACCAUUCUCCGCCGCAAAUUCGAUGAAUUACAUUUCAAACUGCACACUUGCAGGGUCAAAUUGGAUUUCACAGAAUAACGGACUGUGGAACAUUGCAACAAGUUCCUGUACACUCGGGGUAGAUGAAGAAUGCACAUUAGACUUGAAGACAAGCAACCUCCCUGUCUGUCCAUCUGGUUUGGGCCUGCAGACACCGUUGACUUCAAUGCCAGUUUUUGAUCUGGAAUACGGCACCGGAAAAUCUGUUUUGGCCUUGUAA